UUCACAUGGAAAAAUACUGGGACUUAAAUUGAUUCUGGUACGAAAUUGAAGAUGAAAAAGCCUUGGAGUAAAUUCCUGUCUAGAAGGGACAGCACCCGACCUUUGAUAAAUGACAACAAUAAUUACAUAGAGAAUGGUCAUGAAUCUGAGUGCAUGUUGCAUAACAGUUUAAGAAAAAAUGAAGAGAAAAAAUCGCAGGAGCUUUUUUCACCCUGUUCUGAUGAUGCUUCAGAUGAUGAUAAUCCCUCCAACAGCUUUGAGCCUAUGCAAAGCAGGAAAGGAUCAAUGUCCCUGACCUUCCCAGAAAUCCCUGCUGACCUUGACCAAAAUCUUCAUCGGCAUUUGGAAAAUGUAGAAGAAAUAGUACAAAAUAAGCGUAAUUCAAGGUCUGGAGACAACAGUGGCUGUCUAGAAGAUCACUUUCUCUUACAGACAUCUGAGCACCUAAAUAUCCUGCUCCAGAACAUCAGCACCUCAAAAAACUGUUUACAUUUGAUAAACUGGGUCUUUGAAAGGAAGCAACUAUUUCAUAACUCGGAAUCUGAUCUUGUGGAAGAAUGGGGAGCAGAAGCAGAAACCAAACUUCUAGAGAGAAUUAAGGAGGAGGUUCGUGUUUCCUUGGACAAAAUCCUGCAGGAGGACCGAAACCAAACAGAACAUAAUGAAGAAACCUACAUUCAGCUUUACGUGGACAUUAUUCAGUGUAUUAAUGCCAUGCCCACAUAUGCACAAAAGGUAAGACCAAGACUGUAUCCUCAGGUGCAGGAGGUUUGCUAUCAAGAGCUGUGCAAUUUUGUGAAAAGUCGUGAAGAAGAGUGGGGUGUCUACAGGCUCAGCACCAGAGAGGGUGUGCAGCUCACUAUCCUCACUUUGAGCUUGGUGGUGAGAAAGUCUCUGAUCCAGGAUCAGCACCCUUAA